AUGCCCGCGGCGGUCUUCCCACGUGCUUCCAGGUUCGGAGCCUUGCCAUUGGCCCUUGGGGCCCUUGCACUGCUCACACCGUGUUCAGCGCCCUGGACGCUGGGUGGAGCGUUGAGUGGCGCUCGGACACCCAGCCAGGCUCACCGCCCACUGCUGCGGUGGGUGAGUUCCAAGAUCAAUACCUGGAGCGUUCAUGCCACGGAUGGCAGGGAGACGGGUGCACAGGGCCAUUGGAGUGUGAAUCCUACACACAGUGGUGUGAUGUCAUACACCGAACAGUACUGGGAGGAGAGCUAUGGCCCUGUGAAUGCUGGCGUGUGCGCUGGCACCGAGCUUCAAGGAUGUGGGACAACUGAUGUUUACUCAGGACCCUACCUGGAACUGGAGUGCUGGAACUUUCGAUUUGGCUUCGAGUCGGUUGCCUCGCUGUGUGCUUGCGCCCUGAAGUCUGUGGCCACCGUCGCUUGCUGCGCCGCCUGUGGCGUUUAUGCCCGGCGGCAAGGAAUCUUGGAUGAGACCUCCGAGAAAUUCCUGGACAAGUUUGUUUCAUCCGUGUGCAUGCCUUGCCUUAUCUUGAGGAAGGUGCCUCCAUUGAUUACAUUGAAGGAGUUGGUUGCAAUAUGGCCACUGACUCUGGGCUGCCUUUGCACCGUCGUGUGCGGGCUGCUGGCCGGCGCUUUAGCCGCCUGGGCGCUGAAGAUCCGUAGCUUCAGUGGCUUGAUGAUGACGGCUGUGGCCUUUCCCAACUCCUUCUCCGUGCCGUUGACCUUGCUCUUGGCCAUCGACCCCACUCGCUUGGGCCAGGCAGAGGGAGCAGACUUGGAGGCGCGCAUUUCCAUGCUCUUCUUGGCCAGCUACCCUUUCUGGGUGGUGGCGCGCUGGGGUAUUGGUUUUCCAGUCCUCUCAGGUGCCUGGUCGUUCGAACAGUGGCAGCAGAAAGUGCUCAACCCUCCAGUGAAGGCCUGUUUAUUGUCCUUGCCAGCUGCCUUUGUCUGCCAGCAACGAAGUGCCUUGGAGAGUUUCGGCUUGACCUUUGCGGCCCUUGAGCCUGCGAUCACCGCCGUGGACUACGCCGGGCGCUGCUCCGUGCCGCUGCUCCUGGCGGCGCUGGGCGCCAAGGUGGAUGGUAUUUGGAGUGACCUCCGGGCCGAGGGUGCAGGACCCAAGGAAGCAAAGCUGCCGACAUAUCAGACGCUGCUCAUUCCUCCGCCAGCGCCGGGGAGCACCGCGCCAGGCCAGAUGGAGGCCGCCGCUCCGAUCCAAGUGGAGGAGCAAGGUGUGAUGCCUUUGCGUGGACACAUUGCUGUCCUGGUCCUCCGGCAACUUUGCGGUGCCCUACUGGGUUUGGCGAUAGCAUCUUUGUUGCGAACGUUCUGCGGCGUGACUGACCGCGUCUUGCUCAUGACUCUUCUGCUGCAAAGCUGCGGCCCUCCAAUGAUCAACCUCUCAGUGAUGGCGGGCGUUAGCGGUUCUGUGCAGAAGGACUCGGCCAAACUCUUGCUGAUCACUUACGCAGCUUCUGACGCGGUCGCCUGUGCACGACAACGAGGACCGGGCUCGACGCGGCGUCGCUUUGGAGACACCGACAACGGACCGGGGCACGACGUUCGACGACGUGACCGAGACACCGACGUGAAGGCGAUCCCGGCGCUCUAUGGGGUCUUUGACGGCCAUGGUCAAGCAGGUCACCACUGCGCAGCCUUUGCCCGUGGGGUUUUGCCGGAGAGUCUCUUCGGUCAAGGCUCUUUGAUCGCAGGGCCAGAGGAAGCUCUCCGAGCGCUGGCGGCGCCUGCGCCACAUGCCGCGCCGCCGCUUUUGGAUGGCACGUGGCCAACUGGCAGACAAUGGGGGAUGUAUGAAGAGCACGUGGCCAGGCAGCAAGACUUCGACACAGAGACGAGCGGCACCACCGCCACUGUGGCACUGGUCCUACACUUUCCGGUCUCUGAGGAGGACCCCGAGAUGCAGGGCGAGAGUUGGCUCUACGUGGCCAACGUCGGCGACUCGCGGGCGGUUCUCGUCUCCAGGAGCGGUGAAGAUCGCUCUGAGAUUGCGGUGAACCGCCUCACGCGAGAUCACAGGCCUGAUGACCUGGCGGAAGCCGAACGCAUCCAGGCGGAGGGAGGCGAAGUGCGACGCCUGCGCCCGGGCAGUGGCACCUCCCGCAUUUUCGCCCCAGGAUGCCAGUGGCCAGCCAUGGCCCUGUCUCGCUCCUUGGGGGCCUCCAUUGCCGGCACAUGUGGCGUGAGCAGCGAGCCUGAGGCGGCGGCAGCCUGGGGGACCUGGGAGGACCUGGAAGAGCUGAAGAUGGUCUAUUUUCAAAGUGUGCAGAAGGUGACCUCGGUGCGCUUGGCCAACAGCUCCGACGAGCUCUUGGUGCUGGGCACCGACGGACGGACGUGUGCUCCGUGGCACGACGACGCUGGGCUCGGAGCGGCGAGCUCGGUGGAGCGGAGCAGAACGGCCAUUGAUGGCCCUGGAAAGGCAGACCAAGGUUCGUACAACGACACCGUGGACGAUAUCACGGCCGUCGCUGUGCGGGGACUCGGCAUGCCCAAGCGGAAGCUGGGAGAGCUCUCUGAGCCGCUGGUCGAGUCCGCCGCGGCCACCGAGCCCGCUGCGUCGGAGCAGUCAGAGGGCGCGGCGUCCUCGAGCGGCGCGGAGGCCGCAUCCUGGUCCUUGACGGAGCUGAAUGACGAGGUGUUGCUUCAGAUCUUGAGUUCCUUGCCUGGUUGGAUGGCUUGGCGUUUGGAGGCCACCGGCCUUGCAGCUUGGCGCACAGGCUGCACGGACGCCUGGUGGAAAACCAGGUGCCACUUGGAGUUCGCUGCGGAGCGCCUACCCGCGCCGCUGGCUGGGUCCACGUGGCGCCAGAGCUAUCGACAGCUUUUGGGAGUUCAAGCUGCCAGGACCGGCGUGUGGUGCUACAGCAGUCAACGUCACGGGCUGCGGGAUCGCGUGGCAGCGCCACAGCUGUUCGUCAACCCCUCGGGCGAGAAGCUCUUCUGUUAA